AGGGUGAACAUGGAUUCCAGACAGCAGGUCCGGAGUUUGACCGAGGAGGCAAUUUGUCCCAUUUGUCAGGAUUUCUUCACCGAUCCGGUUAUACUGGAUUGUGAACACAACUUCUGCCGCUCCUGUAUCACCCAGAGUUGGGAAAAGCAGGAGAUAAACUCCUGCCCGGAAUGUAGACAGGAGUUUCCGGACAGAAACCUCAGAGGCAACAGGGCCUUAGCGAAUCUGGCCGAGAAAGCUCGAACAUUAAAUCUGAAUCCACAAGAGAAGGAAAGUGAACAUCACUGUGAGGAACAUCAGGAAGAACUGAAGCUGUUUUGUGAAACUGACAAGAAAUUGGUCUGUGUGAUUUGUAGAGAUUCCUGGGAACACAAAUCUCACAACUUCAUCCAGAUUACAGAAGCUGUUGGAAUCUACAAGGAUCGAGUGAAAUCUUCCUUGGAUUCUCUCACAGGGAAGAAAUCAGCAGCUCUAGAAAUGGAGCAGCAGCAGAAACAGAAGAUUUUCCACAUUCAGGAGGAAUCCAGCAGCCUGCAAACCCACAUCAAAUCCGAGUUCACUAAAAUGCACCAGAUGCUGACUGAGAAAGAGCAGAGUUUACUCCGAGAUCUCAGGGAACAAGAGGAAAACAUUCUCAAACCAAUGGAGGAAAAUCUUCAAGAAAUUCAAGGGAAUUUAAAGUCUAUUCAGGAGAAACUUUUAAAGUUGGGAAAACAGCUGGAACACACAGAUGGAGUGAUAUUUCUGAAGGAGCAAACAUCUCGGAAGAGGAGGAUUAGUGAAGAGUUUAAUAUGCUCUCGCUGAUGGAUGGUAUCCUCUCCACUCAAACAUUCUACAGCCUCUUCCCAUUUCUUGUGUGGAAAGAAAUGCAGGAAGCCACUCAACCUGUCUCUGUGACCCUGGAUGUGGAAACAGCAAAUCCCCAGCUCGAGGUGUCUGAGGAUCUGAAGAGUUUGAGAUUGACCCGGAGCCGAAGGAGUCUCCCUGACACCAAGAAGAGGUUUACAAACUGUCUCUGUGCCCUGGGAUCAGAGGGAUUCACAUCGGGGAGACAUUACUGGGAGGUGGAGGUGGUGAAUUGGGGCUGGAGUCUGGGAGUAGCCUCAGAGUCUGUGGAGAGGAAGAGAGGGGUCAGUCUGAUCCCGGAGAAUGGAUUCUGGACCAUGGGGCAGGAUGGGGAUCAGUUUUAUAUAAACUCUUUUCCUCGAUCCCCUCUCCCUAUCGAUCAGUUCCCCAGGAAGGUGGGAGUUUAUCUCAGUUAUGAAUCUGGGACAGUUUCAUUUUACAACGCAGACACCAAGUCCCAUCUCCACACCUUCACUGGAAAUAAAUUCACUGGGAAACUUUAUCCUUUCUUCUGGACUUGGGAUGAAAACCUGUUUCUGAGAAUCUGUUGUUAAAGGGGCGAGGCCUUCCUGACAUCACAUUGACCACCCCCUUGGAGGUAGAACAUAGAACAGUACAGCACAGAACAGGCUCUUCAGCCCACGAUGUUGUGCCGACCAUUGAUCCUUAUGUAAGGUAAACCUAAUGUACGAACCCUCAAAUUCCUGUGACCAUAUGCAUGUCCAGCAGUCUCUUAAAUAUCCCCAAUGACCUCGCUUCCACAACUGCUGUUGGCAACGCGUUACAUACUCUCACAACACUGUGUAAAGAACCCACCUCUGACAUCCCCUCUAUACUUUCUUACAAACAGCUUAAAACUGUGACCCCCCACAUUAACAAUUUAUGCCCUAGGAAAAAAUCUCUGGCCAUCAACUCUAUCUAUGCCUCUCAUUAUCUUGUACACCUCAAUUAGGUCCCCUCUCUUCCUUCUUUUUUCCAAUGAAAAAUGUCCGAGCUCAGUCAACCUCUCUUCGUAAGAUAAGCCCUCCAUUCCAGGCAGCAUUCUGGUAAAUCUCCUCUGAACCCUCUCCAAAGUUUCCACAUCUUUCCUAUAACAGGGCGACCAGAACAGGACACAGUAUUCCAAGUGCGGUCUAAUCAAAGUUUUAUCGAGCUGCAACAAGAUCUCACGGCUCUUAAACUCAAUCCCCCUGUUAAUGAAAGCCAAAACACCAUAUGCUUUCUUAACAACCCUGUCCACUUGGGUGGCAAUUUUAAGGGAUCUAUGUCCCUGCACACUAAGAUCCCACUGUUCCUCCACACUGCCAAGAAUCCUGUCUUUAAUCCUGUACUCAACUUUCAAGUUCGAUCUUCCAAAAUGCAUCACUUAGUAUUUAUCCAGGUUGAACUCCGUCUGCCACCUCUCAGCCCAUCUCUGCAUCUUGUCAAUGUCACGCUGCAGCCUACAACAGCCCUCUGUACUGUCAAUGACACCUGCAACCUUUGUGUCAUCUGCAAACUUGCUAACCCAUCCUUCAAUCUCCUCAUCCAAGUCAUUAAUAAGAAUUACAAAGAGUAGAGGCCCAAGAACAGAUCCCUGUGGAACACCACUCACCACUGACUUCCAGGCAGAAUACUUUCCUUCCACUACUACUUGCUGUCUCCUAUCAACCAGCCAAUUCUGUAUCCAGGCAGCUAAAUUUUGCUGUAUCCCAUUCCUCCUGACCUUCUGAACGAGCCUACCAUGGAGAACCUUAUCAAAUGCCUUGCUGAAGUUCAUAUACACAACAUCUACCGCUCGACCCUCAUCAACUUGUCUAGUAACAUCCUCAAAGAACUCAAUAAGGUUUGUGAGGCAUGACCUGCCCCUUACAAAAUCACGCUGACUGCAUUUAAUCAAGCCAUACUCUUCGAGAUGGUCAUAAAUCCUAUCCCUCAGAAUCCUUUCUAACACCUUGCAGACAACAGACGUGAGACUGACUGGUCUGUAAUUGCCGGGGAUUUCCUGGUGUUAGGGUUUUGGUCAGGGAUUAGGGUCAGAAACCUCCAUUGACAACAGGAUGUCACGAAACAGAGUUAUCGAGGUUUUUAGCACAGAAAGAGACUCUUCAGUCCACCUCAUCCAUGCCAAACAGAUAUCCUAAAUUAGUCCAGUUUCAUUGGCCAGCACUUGGCCCACGUCCCUCAAAACCCUUCCUGUUAAUAUACCCAUUUCUGUUCCUAUUAAUGAUUCCUGAUGAAGGGCUUAUGCCCGAAACGUCGAAUUUCCUGCUCUUUUGAUGCUGCCUGACCUGCUGCGCUUUUCCAGCAAUACAUUUUCAGCUCUGAUCUCCAGCAUCUGCAGACCUCACUUUCUCCUAUUGAUAUACCCACCCAAAUGCCUUUAAAUAUUGUCAUUGCACCAGCCUCCAACAUUUCCUCUGGCAGCUCAUUUCGAACAUGCAACACCCUCUGCUUGAAACAGUUGCCCCUUCGGUCCCUUUUAAAUCUCUCCCCUCUUACUCUCAACCAAUGCCCUCUAGUUCUGGACUCUGCACCCCAAGAAAAAGACCUUGUUCAUUUACCCUAUCCAUGCCCCUCAUGAUUUUAUUAACCUCUAUAAGGUCUCUCUCAGUCUUCAAUGCUCCAGGGAAAAUAGCCCCAGCCUAUAGCUCAAACCCUCCAACCUGCUUGUAAAUCAUUUCUGAACCCUUUCAGGUUGCAUAGGAUGGGAGACGAGAAUUGCACACAAUAUUCCAAAAGUGGCCUAACCAAUGUCCUCUACUGCCACAACAUGAGCUCCCAAUUCCUAUACUCAAUGUACUGGCCAAUAAUGGAAAACUAUCCUAUCUAUCUGCGACUCCACUUCCAAGGAACCACGAACCUGUACUUCAAUGUCUCUUUGUUCAGUAACACUCCCCAGGACCUUACCAUUAAGUGUAUAAGAUCUGCCCUAAUUUGCUUUUCCAAAAUGCAGCAUCUUGCAUGUAUCUAAAUUAAACUCCAUCUGCCAUUCCUUGGCCCAUUGGCCCAUCUGAUGAAGAGCCCAUCACACUCUGAGGUAACCUUUUUCACUGUCAACUGCACCUUCAAUUUUGGUGACAUCUGUACAUAUGAACUGUACCUCCUAUGUUCACACUUAAAAAAUGUAUAUAAAUGAUGAAAAGCAGUAGACCCAGCAUCAAACCUUGUGUGUGAUGAAAUCACCGGGAUUUGUUAUGAGGAUGUGAAUGUAUUUGUUAACAACAUGUUCAUUGCUGCUUAAGAGGAGGCAGGAGAUUCAAAUGAAAUGUCUGUGCUCUGCAAAAGUUUUACUUCCUACAUUUUGAGGUAGAUAUUUUUGUUAACUGGAAUUUUUUAGUGUUUUAAUGUUAAAUGCACAUUUUACCCCAAAAUGAACCUGCAACGUAUCUAAGUGUAACAAUAAACUCGGAUUUUCUUGCAA